AUGCAGUUGAUAACAACACCGGAGGCUUUUUCUUUGUCUGCAAUAAGAAGCGACCGUGGCAUCGUUCUUAAUGUUGCAUCCAGUGGAAUUGCCUCGCUGUUGCUUCCAAAUGGUCGAACAGCUCAUUCAAGGUUCAAGAUCCCCCUAGAUUUGAACGAGGAUUCUGUAUGUUGUAUUAAGCAAGGUACUUCCCUUGCCAAGCUGGUCUGCAGAUCAAAGCUUAUUAUAUGGGAUGAGGCACCUAUGUUGAACAAACUAUGUUACGAAGCACUCGAUAGAUGCUUGCGUGACAUUCUUAGGGGUGAAUCAUACUACAAUGCAGAAAUUCCAUUUGGAGGUAAAGUUGUAGUUUUAGGGGGUGACUUUAGGCAAAUCCUUCCUGUGAUUCCAAUGGGAUCCCGCCAAGAUAUUGUUCAAGCAUCACUCAAUUCUUCUUACUUGUGGCAACACUGUACCGUGUUAAGGCUGACGAUGAACAUGCGACUUACUGUUGGAGUAAGUGACGAAGAACUUGAAGAAAUUAGUAAAUUCUCAGAAUGGCUAUUAAGUAUUGGGGAUGGCUUGGCCGGGGAUUCCACCGAUGGAGAGUCAGAGGUUCAAAUUGACGAACAUAUUUUGAUUGCCGAUGCAGACAAUCCAUUUGACAGCAUGGUUGAUUUUGUGUACCCAAACCUGUUGUCUAAUCUAAACAGCAUGACAUUCUUCAAAGAUCGAUCAAUACUAGGUCCUACAUUGGAAGUUAUCAACGAGGUUAAUGCUACAAUAAUGGAUCGAUUAGAAGGAGAAGAAAAGUUGUACUUAAGCUCGGAUACUUUGUGUGUGGAGGAAGGAAACAUGGAGUCAGAUCUAGACACACUUACACCAGAUAUUCUUAACGCCAUUAAUUGCUCAGGAUUGCCUCCGCACAAGUUGACCUUGAAAGCUACAGGUGAGGAGAUUGGGCAGCCACAUCAUCGAAUGUGUGACAUUAACAGGGGACAAUGUAGGUCAAGUCGUGAUAAUCCCGGGCAUGAACAUGAUCCCGAACAACCAAGCUUUACCAUUUAG